AUGAGGUUCCCGCUGGUGAUUGCUUUUCUCGCCUCUUCGUUCGUCCACCUUGCCGUCGGUGCCAACACCUAUUGUGCAACUGCCUGCAAGAACCCGUUGUCCUAUUUGAAGUUCAACGGAACAGAUUACAGUGAUGAUGAUGUCGACCCUUCGUGCUCCAACUUGCUUGAGGUCCAGUCAUACUAUGUGUGUCUGCGGCAAUACUGCACGGCCUCGGAGACCAAAAAGGCGGUUUCCAAGUUGAAGAAAUCUUGUGACCCUGUCUCUGUCCCGCCCAUCUCAGUCAUCAGCAAUCUCACGGUUGAAAGCCUGCGACAAGUAGAGUUCAAGGAUCUCAGAAAGAAGACCGUCUUGGGAGAGGCGGUCCUCCUAUCCGAGACCCUGUUUGGUCUCUCGAUGAGGACACUUACAAGUGCAGAUGAGUCAGACGCCAGAAAUAUUCGAUAUGGACAUGCGGCAUACGGGUAUUGGGGUGUAGUACUUCUUGUAGGAAUGAUCACUCGGAUCUCUACCUUCAUCCGCCGACAAUUGCGGCCGCGACUCUCGUCGUCACCAAGGCCCAAGGGCUCGCUGUGGCGAAGGGCUCGACUUGGUGUACAGCAGUAUAUAACAACGCCGGCACUGUUCAGACAACACUCGGCAGAGCCUGUCGGAUGGUGUACCAUCCCACCUCGACUGCAGGCCUUGACCAUAUUUGGUUUUGUGGUGGUCAAUGUGGUCCUGUCAUGUGUGGACUACGACAUUUUCGCAGGCAAUGUAAGACGGCCUAAUGAAAAGGAGCAGCUUACCCGGUGGAUUGGUCGGCGGACUGGCGUUCUGGCCACAGCAAAUCUGCCCCUUAUGUUCACGUUUGCCAUGAGGAAUAAUGUGCUGAGCUGGUUGACCGGCUGGAAUUAUGCCACAUUCAGUCAGUUUCAUCGAUGGAUUGCUCGCAUGGCCAUGACUCUGCUGUUCGUACAUGCCGUUACUUACACCCUCUACGAAUUUCUGGCGGGUGGCUCUGCCAAGUACUACGAUCAGUGGCUUGAAGGUUACUGGGCCUGGGGUAUAGUUGCAUUUAUCGUUGGCUGCUUUAUGACCGCGUGGGCAAGCUACCCCGUGCGACGCUAUCUUUACGAAGCAUUCCUCGUGGUGCACAUCGUCCUGGCCAUCGUUUUCCUGGUCGGGACCUGGUAUCACCUCAAAAAACAAGAUGACGAAUAUGUCAUGUACUUCUGGCCGUGCGUGGCGGUUUGGGCGUUUGAUCGCCUGAUGCGAAUUGGCCGUGUCCUCCUCUCCAACCUGUCGACCGGUAAAGCUUUGGUAAAAUACAACCCUCAGUCCGGUCUGGUACGACUUGAAGUCCCCGCCAGAUUAGCGGUACGCCCGCAAGCCGGUACAUACUACUACAUCUAUGUUCUCCACGGUUUCAAGUUCUGGGAGAGCCAUCCUUUUACUUUGAGUUCUUGGGAAAUGAACGAGGCAACUACCACCGGCCCGUUGUCUUCUGGAACCCUGUCUUUCAUCAUUCAGCCACAGGAUAGUUUCACGGCCCGACUGCGCCAAUUCUUGAUCCACAAGAGGACCAGCGAAGAUGGCUCGACUAUAUAUGCCAGCCCCAUCCGCGUUCUUAUCGAAGGACCCUAUGGACAUUCGUACGACCUCCAGUCACAUGAUUCGGCGCUCAUCAUUGUCGGUGGCUCCGGCGUCACGGUGGCAGUGUCUCACCUCCGCAGUCUUCGCGAAAGCAUGGACAAGAACGAGCAAAUGGCCAUUCGCAAGGUGCACGUGGUCUGGGUCGUCCGCCAUCAAGCUCAAUUCCAAGACUUGCUUGACCUUGAGGUCGCGUCGUGGCUUGAUGCCUCGGGCUUCCAUAGCAAGAUCGACAUGCAAGUCGAUAUCUACGUGACACACAAAGGCGAGAGCAUGAUCUCAUCCGGACCGGAUGUAAGUGAGAAAGUCGAUGGCGUCGAUAACGCCUCAUCACUGCCACCGUCCGCCACAGGGGAUGAGAAGGCUCGAUCGACAGGAUCUACCUUGUCAACCUCGUCCAAUAUCAAUCAUUACAACUAUCGGCCCUCGAUGCGCCAGAUUGUUCUUGACAAUGCGAGAGUGGACGGCUGCAACGGGAAGAAGAUGGCACUUGUCUGCUGUGGACCACCUUCGAUGGCUGAUGACGUCCGAGCUGCUACUGUAUUGGCCAUGAAAGAUGGUGCCGAUGGCAUCGAUUUCAUUCCCGAGUCCUUUACCUGGUAG